AUGCCGAGUGGAAGGAGCUGCUGCUUGGAAGUGGCGAUGGGUUGCAGUUGCGGCGGUGGUUGCCGGCUUAUGGGACUCUCUACGAAGGGCACGAGCUUCAGUCAUAAUAGCUUAGGAGGUUCAGAAGUUGUAGGUGACGGAGGAGAUGACAUGCCACUAUUAUCUCUUAUGAUAAUCUCAGCACUAGCUGAAGAAGCUUUGCAGAAGCCCCCAAAGUUUGGUUUGAAGGAUGGUGUAUACAUUGAAAAAGUUAGUGAGAAUGCGAUUGAUUAUACAGAAUUUUUUACAACCACUACAGUGUUUGCUACUCGAAGGGGAAUGCUUGAUUGGGUGAUUGAAGUGGGUAAAAUGCAUAAUAUUGUUAUUAUCAUUGCUCGGUCUGAAGGUGGGGAUGGUCUUGGUUUCGGAACGGCGAAAGCUACCCUUACUUGUGAGAGAGCUGGAAAAUAUAGGCUUAGCAAGUCGAAAGUUGCAAUAGAUGUGGAAAAAUUUACUGGAACAAAAAAGAUGUCGUGUCCCUUUAGACUUCAAGCAAAGGAGCAUGUAGGUGGCGGAUGGAGUGUAGUUGUUUGUCAUGGUAUGCACAAUCAUGAUCUUCCUAAUUACAACGAGGGUCGUGCAAUUAUUGCAAAGUUGAAACCACAUCAGUUGUCUAUAGUGAAAGAACUGUCGAGUAGUCAUGUCAAGCCAAACAUGAUUAUGGCUAUUUUGAAGAAUUUGGAUCCUCGAAUCUUAACUACAGUAAAACAUAUUUACAAUGCUCGUCAAAAGUUAAAAACUGAAACAAUGGGAGGUCGGUCAGUGAUGCAACAACUUAUGAAACUCAUUGUUGAUAAUAAUUAUGUGCAGAUGCCAUUUUUAGAAAUAGUUAGUGUGCUUCCCACUGGAAAUUUUUUUGCUAUUGGAUUUGCAUGGUUGAAAGACGAGCAACAAGGGAGUUAUGAAUGGGCUCUUGGCUGUGUAAGACAAUUAUUUGAUCCAGAGAAGUUGCCAGUUGCAAUUGUAACUGAUAGGGAAUUGGCUCUAAUGAAUGCUAUCGAUGUUGUGUGGCAAAGAGUAGUGGAAGCUGAUACGAUCGAAAUAUAUAGGAAAAGGUAUAGAGAAAUGGUUAAAGCAUUUGCUAGAAUGCAAGCAAUACUGAAUUACGUGAGAUCAUCGUGGAUUGAGAAAUAUAGAAAUAGAUUUGUUCGUGCCUAUACGAUGAAUGUUUUACAUUUGGGGAACAGGACGACCAAUAGGGUUGAAAGUGCAUAUGCAGCAUUGAAAGCGUGGCUAAAGACAUCGACAGGAAGUUUGGAUACCAUUUGGCCUAAGAUUCAUUAUUUUCUAGAAUCACAGAUGACUGAAAUAAAAGCUGCAUUUCAACGGUCGCAAAAUAAGGAUCCACAUGUAACAAUUUUACGGAUUUUUAUGUGGUUAAAAGGUCGAGUUACACACAAAGCAUUAUUAGGGAUUGUGACGGGAGUCUCUCGAGGAUCACGGGGUGAAGAUCACAAGGAAUUUCAUUGUUUACCGCCAUUAUUGAUUAAUGUUGAACUCCAAUAG